GCUGGUAGUGGUGGGGCACUUUUAGUUGAACAUGGUCUACAUAACUUUGCCUAUAAAAGGAGAAGCUCCCAAGAUAGCUAAGUCGUCAAUUGGAGCAUAGAAGAGAGGAAGAUUCUCACUUUCCUAGCUUUCAAUCUUUUUCAGGUUUCAAGUUUUCCUACACUAAGAGUUGGCAAAAUGGAAGGGAAGAUGAGUUGGACAGUUGCUGAUGCUGUAGAUUACAAAGGGUUCCCUGCUGAUAGAUCAAAAACCGGUGGUUGGGUGCCUGCUGCUCUUAUUCUAGGGAUUGAAAUAUGCGAGAGGCUUUCGACCAUGGGAAUAGCAGUAAACCUUGUGACAUAUUUGGUUUCCACAAUGCAUCUGCCUAGUGCUACUUCAGCUAAUACUGUGACAGAUUUUAUGGGCACAUCCUUUCUCCUGUGUCUGCUUGGAGGCUUUCUUGCUGAUUCUUUCCUUGGAAGGUUCAGAACAAUUGCUAUCUUUGCCACAGUACAAGCAAUGGGUACUGGCAUGUUAGCAAUAAUCACCAGACUGCCGCAGCUUCAACCACCUCCAUGCAAAAAUACUCCUACCCAAACAUGCAAACAAGCCAAUGGCUUCCAAAUGGGAAUUCUAUACUUGGCCUUGUAUCUGAUUGCACUGGGGACGGGUGGCCUAAAAUCGAGUGUCUCAGGAUUUGGAACCGAUCAAUUCGAUGACAAGGAUGAAAAAGAGCAGUCCCAGAUGAUCUAUUUCUUCAGCAGGUUCUUUUUCUUCAUUAGCACAGGAACUUUGAUGGCAGUUACCGUCCUCGUCUACAUACAAGAUGAAGUGAGUCGAAGCUUGGGUUAUGGAAUUUGUUGUGUCUCAAUGCUUAUAGCCAUCUUGGUGUACUUUUCCGGGACUAAAAGAUACAGAUACAAGAAAAGUGUGGGAAGUCCCAUUGUGCACAUUUCCCAAGUUAUUGUAGCUGCCAUGAGGAAGAGGAAGAUGGAUCUUCCUUUUAAUGCCAGCUUACUGUAUGAGGAUUCUGCUGAGGGUUCAAGAAUCCAGCACACAGAUCAGUUCCGUUGCUUGGACAAGGCUGCCAUUCUAGCAGGAGAGUUUGAUAAAACUGCCAGUUCUGAUCCAAACCCUUGGAAGCUAUGCUCAGUGACAAGGGUAGAAGAAGUGAAAAUGAUGGCCAGGCUGCUGCCAAUAUGGGCCACAACCAUCAUAUUUUGGACUACAUAUGCCCAGAUGAUCACAUUUUCAGUUGAGCAAGCAUCCACCAUGGAGAGAUCAAUUGGCAAUUUCCAAAUUCCAGCCGGCUCUCUUACUGUCUUCUUUGUUGCAGCCAUAUUGAUUACUCUGGCAGUUUAUGACCGAUUCAUCAUGCCAAUGUGGAAGAAAUGGAGAGGAAAGCCAGGUUUCUCCAGCCUACAGAGAAUUGCCUUAGGCCUCAUUCUCUCAAUAGUGGGAAUGACAGCUGCAGCACUAGCUGAGAGGAGACGAUUAUCUGUGGCAAAAGCCGUGGGUGACAACACUGCUACUCUUCCCAUUAGCGUCUUCUUGCUGAUUCCACAGUUCUUCUUGGUGGGUUCUGGAGAAGCCUUCAUAUACACUGGUCAGCUCGAUUUCUUCAUUACCCAAUCACCCAAGGGGAUGAAAACUAUGAGCACUGGACUCUUCCUCUCAACUCUCUCGCUAGGUUUCUUUGUUAGUAGCUUCUUGGUAUCGGUAGUGAAGAGGGUGACAGGGAGCAGAGAUGGCCAAGGAUGGCUAGCAGACAACAUCAACUACGGAAGACUUGAUUGUUUCUAUGGGCUUCUAGCCAUACUAAGCUUCAUUAAUUUCGCAGUAUUUCUGGUUUGUGCAGUGUGGUACAAGCCUCAAAAACCUAAUGAUGGCAUGCAGAUGGAGACUAUGGCUAAUGGGUCAUGCCCUGAGGAGAAGUGCUAGCUAGAUAGUUAUGAGCUAGUUAGGGUUGCACCCUUUGGAUCUUUCUUUUGUUUCCAAUGUGUAUACAGCACGAAAUGCAUGGGGUUUGGUUGUUUUCUCUCUUUUAACUUGCAUGAAUAGAGUGGCUUGGUGUUUCUUUGAUCUCAUGUAUACUUCGUCUGAAUGAACAUGCUGGCUGAUCUCAUCGCUUCCACUACAGUACUUUAUCAUCUAAGUUCCUUGUGAUCUUUUCUCCUC